CCUCUCCACUGUGGAUGCUCUAUUAUAAGUGAUGAACCGCUACAAAUACAUGAUGAUGAUUGGCACUUCACUCCUGCAUUCUUGCUGUCUUCACUGCUUAAUUUCAUUGCAAUAAUGAGUUCUUCUUCUUCUCCCCCACAACCUAAAGAAAUUCCAUCAGAUGAUAAAUGGGCAGAAGAGGGCACCCGCCGUAAGGCAAAAUGGUGGUACUCCACUUUCCACACCGUCACCGCCAUGGUCGGCGCCGGCGUUCUCAGCCUGCCGUACGCCAUGGCCUACUUAGGAUGGGGACCAGGAACCUUUGUGAUGGCGCUAUCGUGGUGCGUGACACUGCACACUAUGUGGCAGAUGACGCAGCUCCAUGAGUGCGUCCCUGGGGUGCGAUUCGACCGGUACUAUGACCUGGGGCGCCACGCGUUCGGGCCGAGGCUGGGGCCGUGGAUAGUGCUCCCCCAGCAGCUGAUCGUCCAGGUCGGGUGUGACAUUGUGUACAUGGUGACAGGUGGCAAAUGCCUCAAGAAUUUCAUGGAAAUUAUCUGCACCAACUGCACCCCAAUUAGACAAUCUUACUGGAUUUGCAUCUUUGGAGGCCUCCAUUUCUUCCUCUCUCAGCUCCCUGACUUCAACUCUGUCUCCGGUGUCUCACUCGCAGCCGCCAUCAUGUCAAUUUGCUACUCAAGUAUAGCGUGGGUGGGGAGCCUGAGCAAGGGGCGGGCCCCGGAUGUGAGCUACGGGUACAAGAAUACGAGCGGGGUGGAUUGUAUGUUUCGGGUGUUCAAUGCUUUGGGGCAGGUCACAUUCGCGUACGCUGGGCAUGCGGUGGCGCUGGAGAUUCAAGCAACCAUUCCGUCUACGCCAGAGAUGCCGUCGAGGGUGCCAAUGUGGAAAGGGGCCGUGCUGGCGUAUUUCAUUAACGGAAUAUGCUACUUUCCGGUAGCCCUAAUUGGUUAUUGGGCGUUUGGACAGGAUGUUCCUGACAAUGUUCUAGUUGCUCUGAAUAGGCCUGCAUGGCUCAUUGCCACUGCCAAUCUUAUGGUUGUUAUUCAUGUCAUUGGAAGCUAUCAGGUUUAUGCAAUGCCAGUUUUCGACAUCAUUGAGAGAACUACGAUGAAGAGAUUAAGCAUCUCACGCGGGCUCAUGCUCAGGCUUAUUGUUCGUUCUGGUUAUGUUGCUUUAACUCUAUUUAUUGGUGUGACAUUCCCUUUCUUUGGGGAUUUGCUUGGUUUCUUUGGUGGAUUUGGCUUUGCUCCAACUUCUUAUUUCCUACCUAGCGUGAUAUGGCUCAAAAUUAUGAAACCUCCGAGAUUCAGCAUCUCCUGGUUUAUCAAUUGGGCAUGCAUAUUUUUGGGAGUGUUCAUCAUGGUGGCAUCAACUGUAGGCGGUCUGCGAAAUAUUGUAGUUGAUUCCUCAACUUAUGAAUUUUACUCAUAAAUUAAAAAAAUGUGGUUGUUAUGUAUUGCAAAGCUGGUUGAGAUAUUACUAGCACAAUCCUCUCUAUGAAUUUAUCCUUGCAAGUUAGUAAGUACUAUAAAGAGGGCAUUUGUAGCUA